AUGGAAGUCAAUGGUGCUCAGAAACGUUUUGGUUACAAAAUAUCCUCUGUGUUCAGCAGAACAAAGACAUUUAUUGUAGGUGAGUAAAUUAUGACAGAAUUUUCAUUUUGUGUGAACUAUCCCUUUAACGGCUGUGUCCAUGCUGUAUGCAUCAUUUGCACUGCGCUCGUGGUUUGCUGAUUGUUGGCCUGUUUGUUGAUUUAGUGCUUUAAAGACCCAUUCACUUGUCAGAUUCAAUCUGACUUGUUAGUUUUUGACCCACUGUUCUCUGCCAGAUCUGUCUGAAGAUAUAACCUUUGGCAAGGAGAGAGUUAAAGAGCCCACAGCUCUCCAUGUGAAUUCUUUUCGUAGGCUUUUUUUCCCCGGUGAGACUCAUUCCAGCUCGUAAACUCUGCUCCGUCUAUGUGAAUGGGACAGGAGAGAGUUAUCUCACAUGAUAGUGAUUAAAGGGAAGCUGUCUCCGGUGGUCUUGGGUUUCUUUAAACCUGCUGCACUCAUUUUGUGAACUUCAAGGCAGCAUCCCAUGCAAGCUGGAGUUUAAAAGAGGAAUUUUGUACCACUCGGCACAUUCCGAUUCAAACAGGUGCAAUGACGAAAAUAUCUGCUUUUCUGAGGGGCUCUGCUCACAAAUGCACCCUGGUCUUGAUUUUUUCCUUGAUGGUUUGUGAGAUUGUGGUUGGCCAAAUCUGCGGGUCCCUCCUCAUCGCGGUGGACAGCUUCCACACGCUCUAUGUUUUUAUAAAUAUGGCUAUAUCUGCGUCGAAGCAUCAUCCUACAACCUUAAUCGCUAACCCCCACCUUUCCUCUACCUGUUUGUCAGAACCGCAUAAAUCUGUUUCCCAUUUGCCCAUCUCCACUACCCUUGGCUCAUCUCAUCCAAACAUCUCCCUGUCAUCUGAGCCAGCAUCUGGGACACUGGGAAAACCCAGGACUCUCCCGGAUGGGGAACCCUACAGCCGGAUGCGUCUUAAACCUUUUGGUAUUCUGGUCUCAGCUCUACUGUUGGCAUCGCAGUGCAUCUCUGUUAGUUUGGAGAUUCUCACUCGCCUUGUGCAGCCAGAAUCCAUUCAGCAUCCACACUUGUCCAUUGUGGUUGGGGCAACUAGUCUGUUAUUUAAUACACUAAUGUUGACCUGGAGAUGGAGAAGGAGAGAGAUGAAUGAAGCUGCAGAUGAGAGGAUACAACAAGACCUUCAUUCAACAUCAGAAAGCACAGAGAUUGCUCUCCAGAAUGAUGCACUGAUGUUCUGCAAUCCGGAAGCACCCAGCGUUCUAGAUCCAGAUCAAAGCUUUCAUGACUGCUCUUCUACAUGCUCUGAAUUACAAAACCACAACAUUACCAAACCCCUUCCUGAUGCUCAUGCUCAGAUCUCUAAUAUGUCUGAAAGUUCUCAGGAAGUUCCUCAGCCAACCGAGCAACUUUCAGAGGAACCUACCUGCAUGCCUCUACAUGACCACGGAGCUCACCAUACAUCCCAGCAUACUCCUGCAGGAUCCAGGUUCAGAAGACACCUCAUCAAUGUGAUCCAGGACCUUCUGGCUCCAGCCCUCAUUUUGGCUAAUGGUCUAGUUCUCCUGCUCAUCAAACCACACUGCCAUCGUCCUCAUUCAGACUGUCAUCCUCUGGUCUACUUUGACACAAGCUUUUCCAUACUGGUUGUGCUUGUUUUAUUAGCUACUGCCCUGCCAAAGCUCUAUCGCUAUGGGCUGCUGGUGCUACAGGCAACCCCGCUGCACCUGUGCAUCAAUGAGGUGAGGGAUUCCCUUGCUGGUGUGCCAGGUGUACUGUCGGUCCACGAGUUGCAUGUGUGGCAGCUUUCAGACACGUUUGUGGUGGCAUCUGUGCAUGUCCACUGCCCCAAAUGGCUGAAUGCAGACGGGUGUUCAGAUCUAAUGGUCAAGAUCACAAGGGUGCUGAGCACUUUCGGUAUAAACCAUUGCACUGUGCAGCCUGAAUUUCUACUUUCAGACAUGAGUGAUGAUGAUGUAGUGAAUAGUGAUGAGGCUGGACAAAUAGUCGACUCAGGCUGCAGCUUGCGCUGUGGGCAGGAGUGUGCGGAGAAGCUUUGCUGCUCAUCUCGGGUAGAGAGAUCAUGCCUUCACCAACAUGACAGUGUCACCUCCUUCAAGAAGGACCUGAGCGUUGUCUGUCCACAGGAAGAGAGUUUCUGCUCUCCAGCUCCCUCUAGUGUUAGCAAUACUGAAGAUGAUGUGAUUAUUGAGAACACAUACCUGUGAAUGAACAUUGAACUAAAUAAAAAUAAUAAAAACGAUAACGUUUGUUUAAGCCUAGUUAAUUUGUGAACCAACUUAUAUUUAUUAAAAAUAUUGUAGAAGGUGCAGUGAUAUCAACAACAAAUACAUGUGACUAAUACAGCAAGAGGUUAAAAAGGAAGAAAGAAUAAAAAGAUACAAAAUCUGUCCCUUAAAAAAGUCCUAAUAAAUACCAUUUAGGUACAUUUGGUAGCCUACAUAUAUCUGAAAACGUACUUGAUCACCAUAUCAACACAUUUUUGAA